AUGCGUUGCUGUCAAAUGGUCAUGGGUCCAGCAGGGACUGGAAAGUCCACGUACUGCAACAACAUGCACGAGUUCUGUGCCGCGUCAGGACGUAUGACGUACGUUGUGAACUUGGACCCAGCCGCUGAACAUUUCGACUACCCCGUGGCGUUUGAUAUUCGUGAUUUAAUCAGUGUCGAAGACGUGAUGGAAGAACUGGACUAUGGACCCAAUGGAGGCCUCAUCUACUGCAUGGAAUAUCUCGUGCAAAACCUCGACUGGCUGCAAGAUUUGCUGAGCGAGUACAGUGAUGAGGACUACUUUAUCUUUGACUGCCCAGGCCAGAUUGAGUUGUACUCGCACCUUCCAGUCAUGAAACAGCUCUGCGACUCGUUAAAGGACUGGGGCUUUAACAUUUGCUGCGUUUACUUGAUUGAUUCUUUAUUUAUCGUUGACCCGACCAAGUUCAUCUCGGGUGUGCUCUGCUCGCUGUCGGCAAUGGUGCAGCUUGAGCUGCCUCACAUCAACGUGCUCACGAAGUGUGAUCUGGUCGACGAGAAAGAGUUGUCGAAGUAUCUGGAUCCGUCAGACGGGUACCUUCUGGAAAACCUUGCGAACGCCACUGAUCCCAAGUGGCGCCCUUUGAGUUCAGCGAUUUGUAACGUGAUCAACGACUUCAAUAUGGUUGCCUUUGUUCCCAUGAAUAUUAAUCGCGAAGAGAGUAUCGAGGCCGUGCUCAUGCACGUCGACCAUGCUAUCAACUAUGGCGAUGACUUGGAGCCUCAGGAGCCAAAAGACCGAGACGUCGACGAGUGA